UAGGUGUGAAAAAAGAACAAAACAGAUUGUAAAUCAGUUUAACGUGCUACUCUUUUCUCGCAUUGUCAGCUAUUUGUCAGCUGCAAUUCUUUUUUUUCAACAUGUUUUCGAGGUGUAGAAUUUCCUGCUUUGGUGCUUUGAGACUACAGAAAUUGAAUAUACAAUCAAGAUGCAAAAGCAUAUUAUCAAGGGCAGAGAUGAAUGAAAGAAAAAAUUUUUUAUACGAAGAACAGAAGAAGCGGCAGAGAGAUGCUGUUGGAAGAAUAGAAAAGAUACAAGUUGAGUACCAGUCUCCUGUAGAGACGAUUACCCUUGUAAUGAACAAAUGCAUAUCAACUCCAGCAGAUUGUGCAAAACACAUUUCAGAAGGUGUUACCAAAACAUCUGCUAUUGCUUUUGUAGAUGGAUUGCCAUGGGACAUGCAUAGACCAUUAGUGUCUGAUUGCAAGUUGCAGUUGUUAAGUUUACAGAGUCCCAAGGAUAAUGUUGUGAAUAUAGCAUUUUGGCGAACAUGUUCAUUCCAGUUGGGUGCUGUUAUAGAUUCUGCAUUUAAAAAAGAUAUAAAAGUUCACUUGCACAGUUUUCCAGUACCAAAUAUAAAAGAAGGAAGUUUUGUGUACGACGUGUACCUUGAACUGCCUGAAUGGAAACCCACAGAUGGAGAAUUGCGGGCUAUGUCUGCUCAGUUUAUUAAAUUAUCAAAUGAAGAACUUGCCCUAGAAAGACUGGAAACAACAGAAGACGUUGCUCUACAAAUGUUCCAGGAUAAUCCCUUUAAAUUACAACAAAUACCAGACAUUGCAAAAGCGAACAAUGAUAAAAUUAUAUUGUAUAGAGCAGGGAAUCACAUAGAUAUUAGUAAAGGACCGAUGGUAGGCAGUACUGGUUUAGUAGGCCGUUGUACGGUCACCGCUGUUCACAAGUUAACGGAUGCGGAGAAUUUGUACAGAUUUCAAGGAAUAGCCCUACCCAAAGGAAUUCUUUUAAAUCAUUUUGCCUACGGAAUAUUAGAGAGUCGUGCUCGAAAACUGAACCAGACAACUUGGAUACAUCAGUCCAUGGAGGACAAUGAAGAGCCAUCUGAAAAAAUAUCUAUUAUGAAUUAAUUUCUAUAUCUGGAGAACAUAGUGUAAAUAAAACUGUAUAA